UUCAAACUCAAGUCAAGUAAGUCAUAAUCGCCUGCCUACCCUUUAGUUUAGCUACUACACUGUAGUAUGUGAAUAGCAGCAGGCAACACGAAUUUCGCUCCUCAUAUUGAUUUCUUUAGACGGCUUUUAUUUACAAUAUUCAUGGUUUUGACAGCCAGUAGUGGUAUUUAGGCUUGAAAGUAGAUACAUUGGUAUUUUAGUUAGCUUGUGAUAACUUGCGCAACGACUUCAGAUACGAGCAAAGUCUCGGAACAAGGCAACAACUAGACUUUUGGAAGGACAUAUUUGACACAACUUUCAGACUAAUUUUCACCAGGUUGAACUCUUCGAUAGCUUCUAUGUUUCUUCUAUAGGCUAGUGUUGGACUGUUCUCUUGGCGUAUGUGUCUGUUUGUCAUAUUCCCCCUGGAAGUCUAUGGAGAGAAGCUGUUCAACUUGGAUGUUAUCCUCACGCGACUCUGGAUUUAGUUACGUACUGUGAGACGUACACGCGUACCCCCAGAGGCCAGACGUUGAAUGUUGACUUUACGACCAGAAUCGUCGAAAACACCUGACUUUACCCGAUUUGAAUGCCUGUGCAAGGAUUUUGUUGGUUUCUGUGCUGCAGGCAGGGUUUCAAUUUGCUCGGACGGGACUAUGGGGAGAAAGAGGAGGAAGAAUCUUUUGAGUUGCGCAACAAGGAGGAUCUGACUUGCAACGGACGUGGUCCACUUGAGGUGACUCUCUCUCAGCCGACUCGCACAGCCAAUGGGACAAACGGACACAGUCUGUCAGAGGUUCCUGAUGAGAUGAAGAGUCUGAUCAUAGAGAAGAGCAAGAUGGGCCUGGAAGAAGACCCCGAGCUGCUGGUCAAAGGUGAGCCUGCCUCCCUGACACACUUCUAAACACCAUCCCUCUAUUCUCUCUCUCUCCUUUCUCUUUGUGUGGCUGUUGUGUUCCAGUCCCAGUGAUUUGCAUGUACAGUAAUAACAGUCUGUGUGACGGUGACGUUCACUCAUCCGAGAGCGUUGGCCGAGCUUUAGCUCUGUGCAUGUUUGCGGUGUCAUCGCUGAAUAAGUAGACCAUACUGU